AUGCAUCUACUCAAGGUUGGCACUCAGAGAAGCAAUGCUGCCUCUUCCUGGCUCAUGAAAUUCAGCUUCCUUUGGCUGCUUAGCCAGCACUGUUGCAGAACCAGCGCCGUGUGGACUGCUUACAUGAACAUAUCGUUUCAUGUUGGGAAUCGCAUGUUGUCAGAGUUGGGGGAGACUGGCGUGUUUGGAAGAAGCUCCACUUUGAAGAGAGUGGUGGGAGUCAUCGUGCCUCCAGAGGGAAAAACACAAACUGCCUGCAGCCCCAAUACCAGUUUCAGGAAGUUGAAGAACUCGCAGACAUGGCUCGCCCUUGUUGAACGGGGAAGCUGUACCUUCACCCAGAAGAUCAAGGUGGCGGUGGAGAAUGGAGCCAGUGGAGUGAUCAUCUAUAACUUCCCAGGAACUGGCAAUCAGGUCUUUCCCAUGUCUCAUCAGGUAUUUGAAGACAUUGUUGUGGUGAUGAUUGGUAACUUAAAAGGCAUGGAGAUUUUGCAUUUAAUUCAGAAGGGCGUUCAUGUGACCGUCAUGAUCGAGGUGGGAAGAAAACACAUCAUCUGGAUGAAUCACUAUUUUGUCUCUUUUGUGAUCGUCACAACCGCUACGUUAGUGUAUUUCAUCUUUUAUCAUAUUCGAAGAGUUUGGGUAGCAAGGAUUCAGAACCGGAGGUGGCAGCGGUUAACAAAUGAUCUCAGGAAAGCAUUUGGCCAGCUUCAGGUUCGGAUACUGAAAGAGGGGGACGAGGAAGUAAGCGCCAAUGGAGAUAGCUGCGUAGUUUGCUUUGAACUCUAUAAGCCUAAUGAUACAAUUCGUAUUCUGACCUGUAAACAUUUUUUCCACAAGAAUUGCAUUGACCCCUGGAUCUUAGCCCAUGGGACGUGCCCCAUGUGCAAAUGUGAUAUUCUUAAAGCUUUGGGGAUUCAGAUGGAUGUUGAAGAUGGAACAGAGCCCUUGCAAGUCCUAAUGUCCAACGAAUUGGCUGAUAUCCUGUCAUCUAGUGAAGAGGGCACAAAUAAUGAACUUCCUCCUUCAGGAAGGUCAGAUAAAGUAACGCACGUGGAGGAGGUGGAGCCCCUUCCUUCUCAGGACGUCGGCCGGUCUAAUUCAGUAGCAGCGGACAUCCAUCCUCCGCCUUGA